AUGGCUGGUAUCUUAUACUCUCCGUAUUACCAGCACUCGCUGGGCAUGGCGGCAGUGUUCAUCCUGGCCUACCUCUUCAUCUUCCUGCUCUGCAUGAUAGGAAACGGCGUGGUGUGUCUGAUAGUCCUGAAGAACCGGCGCAUGUGGACGGUCACUAACGUCUUCAUCCUCAACCUUUCCAUUAGCGAUCUGCUCGUGGGCAUCUUCUGCAUUCCCACAACCUUAGUGGACAACCUUAUCACAGGUUGGCCCUUCAGUAAUAUGAUAUGCAAACUGAGUGGCCUGGUGCAAGGAAUGUCUGUCUGCGCCUCAGUCUUUACGCUCGUUGCCAUCGCAGUGGACAGGUUCCGCUGCAUUGUUUACCCUUUUAAGCCCAAACUUACACUGUUUGUUGCUAAGGCAACCAUUGGAAUGAUAUGGCUCUUGGCUCUGGUCAUCAUGUUCCCCUCAGCCCUUAUGUUGACGGUAGAGCAAGAGAGAGGCCACUUCAUGGUUCAUAACAACAACUACAACCUGACCUACCCGCUUUACUCUUGCUACGAGAGCUGGCCGGAGCCACGGAUGCGGAAGGUGUACACCACGGUCCUUUUUUCCCACAUAUACCUGGUUCCCCUCAUUCUCAUCAUCCUUAUGUACGGCCGCAUCGGAGCCAAACUCUACUCCACCACCGUGCUGGUCAACAUCGAGCAAUCUGAUGCUGUGCCUCAAGGAAAAUCACCCAUAUCGCAGAGGAAGAUUAAAGUGAUCAAGAUGUUGAUUGUCGUGGCCCUGCUUUUCAUGCUAUCUUGGCUCCCUCUUUGGACUCUUAUGCUGUUGACUGAUUAUGCACAACUUGAGGGAGAGCAGCUGGACCUCCUGACGGGCUACAUUUUUCCCUUCUCCCACUGGCUGGCCUUCGCCAACUCAAGCGUCAACCCCAUUAUCUACGGGUAUUUCAACGAGAACUUCAAGAGAGGAUUUCGGGCCGUCUGUCAGCAGACGUCCAGCUGUGGCAGAGGGAGGUUUGGUUUCAGGAAGUCUAAAAGAGGCACUAAGGCUUGUGCACACCUGGAUAGAGCUCUUAACUCAAACCCUCUAAGCUUGGGUUUGAGGAACAGAGUCUACACGGACAGUGACUUAACAGGUUGCGUUCGUCUUGAGAUGGAGCACCGGAGGGUGUCUAUGGAGAUGAGAAGCUCGGGUGCUGAAGGGGGAAAUGGUGGAAUGUUAAUCAAAAGAGAGCUUCUGGAAAACAUAGAGAGGGUUUCUCCAACAGGAGCUACUGUUUAUCAAGCGUGGGAACUUUGA